GGACUGUUUUGUGUUGUCUUGCUCUUUUCGGGACUAACACCAUGGGAAGAUUAGAUGCGCUUCGGCAGCUUAAUUUGUUGAAAUGGCUCAGAGAGGAGAGACAGUCGAGGAAACUGAUUCUCUUCAUUGUUUUCGUCGCCCUGCUCCUGGAUAACAUGCUGCUUACUGUAGUCGUUCCCAUCAUUCCCAGCUACCUGUACAACCUGGAUGAGUCCACAGAUGUAGUGCUGCAGAACAACACCCUGUCUCAGCAGGGUCCUCCAGGAGCUUUCCACAGCAUUGUGUCCUUAUAUGACAACACCGUGAGGUCUUUGAGCUCCAACGCCACAGUCAGGUCUACGCCUACCACCCCCACUAUUACAGAGCUGCCACAGAACUCCUCCAAGUGCCCCCAGUCCAACAGCAAGCUGCUCAAUGAGAAUGUUAAAGUGGGAAUGCUGUUUGCCUCCAAAGCCACUGUGCAGCUGAUUACCAACCCUUUCAUAGGGCCGCUCACAAACAGAAUAGGAUACCAACUUCCCAUAUUCGCUGGCUUCUGUAUCAUGUUUAUCUCUACCAUCAUGUUUGCCUUCUCAUCGAGCUACGCUCUGCUGUUUCUGGCCAGAUCCCUUCAAGGUGUGGGCUCGUCCUGCUCAUCUGUGGCUGGGAUGGGAAUGCUUGCCAGUGUGUACACAGAUGAUGAAGAGAGAGGUCACGCUAUUGGGAUUGCCCUGGGAGGUCUGGCAUUGGGUGUAUUGGUUGGACCCCCAUUCGGCAGUGUGAUGUAUGACUAUGUCGGGAAGACUGCUCCUUUCCUUAUUCUGGCUUUUCUUGCUGUGUUUGAUGGAGCUCUGCAGCUCGUUGUUCUUCAGCCCACUAAGGUGGAACCAGAGAGUCAGAAGGGGACUCCAUUGUUGACACUGAUGAAGGACCCAUACAUUCUAAUCGCAGCUGGUGCCAUUUGUUUUGGAAAUAUGGCCAUUGCUAUGAUGGAGCCAACACUGCCAAUCUGGAUGAUGGAGACCAUGUGUGCCAGGAAAUGGCAGCUAGGCGUCGCCUUCUUACCAGCGUCCAUCUCAUACCUUAUUGGAACCAACAUCUUUGGCACGUUGGCACACAAGAUGGGGAGAUGGCUUUGUGCUCUCAUUGGAAUAAUGGUGGUUGGAAUCAGUGUAAUCUGUGUUCCAUUUGCCACAAAUAUCUAUGGUCUCAUUCUUCCAAACUUUGGUGUUGGUUUUGCUAUUGGCAUGGUUGACUCAUCAAUGAUGCCUAUAAUGGGUUACCUUGUGGACCUACGUCAUGUGUCUGUUUAUGGAAGUGUAUAUGCCAUUGCUGAUGUGGCCUUCUGCAUGGGAUUUGCUUUAGGUCCAUCUAUCGGAGGAUCCAUUGCUGAGAGUAUUGGCUUCCCCUGGGUGAUGACCAUAAUUGGAAUAGUAGAUAUUUUAUUUGCACCUCUUUGCCUGUUCCUCAGGAAUCCACCGGGACAAGAAGAAAAAAUUGCCAUUUUAAUGGACACCAACUGUUCAAUGAAGACAAGGUCCUACUCCACACAGGGGAUGUACUACCAGGGUGAAAACAUGGAUCCAGAAUAUGACGAUUAUGAUUAACAGGACACCAGUCAUGCAGGUUAACCGUUCAGAGGAUCUAUUUUGUUGUACAGAAAAAGGAAGAGAAAAGAAAAAAACAGCAAAGAAAUUUUAAUGUGAAUGUCCUGUGUUCAGUCUUCACCGUUCACUGUACUCUUAGCGGUUUUACUUCCGUAAACCAAAGUUGUUCUUGACCUGUGGUUGCUUUGUGUGAGAGAUAUUUUUUAGCCAACAGCCUUAUUCAGGAAAAAUGUCAAAAAUCACUCUUUGGGUAGUAGUAGGGUGCUGAGCACCAUGUUCGCUUUGCUGUUUAAUUUGGAAUACACGUCUGUCUUAAUUCUGAUGUCAGCCAUUAAAAAUUUCCUUUUAAUCUGUUGUUCCUGUGACUGUUUAGAGUAUUGUCACCAGAUCUUGGUGUGCAAGUUAACAUUUUAACUGUGAUGGAUGGACACACAAUUAUUAUGUCAAGCAACUGUUCUUUGUUGGAGAAUUUGUUGACUAGGUCUGUGGUCCUUGUUUGCACUGACAGAGUUACAGAAGCUCAACUGUUCAGGCUGAACUGUGUGGGGAAGUUUAUAUGUACCCACAAAAGACAUAAAUAAUUGGGAUGAACUUUUUUUUUCUUUUUUUGUUUUUACAAUAAUAACGAUGGUUAGUUCAACAACAGUUUACUGAAUUAGAUUGCUCAGACGUAAGGGAUGAAUGAAAUACAACAAUUGUUAUCAUAUAAAAGAAAACGUAUGCAUUGCUAUAAGUCCAGAUAUUGUGGCCAAGGUUUCGCAAAUUGAAUUAUUUAUUUAAUGUCAGUUUAGUUACAUUAACUAUAGCUAUGAUAUGAUUAAAUUAGCUAAUUAUUUUAGGUGGGAGUGCGUGGUCGACUGUUGCAUAGCACUUUUUCUUUAUUAUUAAUAUGUUUUUUAUAUCAUCGCAUUCUGAAGAAAUUUUGAGCAUAUAUGAAUAUGUGUAGAACGUAAUAUAUCAUUUUAAUAAGAAAGAACCUUCAUGUUUUGUUUUUACAUUUUGUCAACUUCAGUGAGGAACUUUCUGUUCUUACUGUUUUGAUUUAAUAAAUCAUUAAUACUGUGCAUUCUCAGAUAAUGGCCUUCUUUACUUCAAUGGCAAGGAGAGGAUCAGUGGACUCAAUCACAGGGCCAACACACAAAGACAGACAAUCACACACACCCACAUCUAGUGGCGAGUUAACCUAAUGUGCAUG